AUGGUAGCGAAUUACGACGUUGAUGGAGGAAAAAUCUACUCGGCGCCGGGGCGUAAAGGUCGGAGCUUUAUGAAAAUAGGAGGUUUUUGCUUCCCAUACUCUGCUGAGAAGCUUAAUUAUAAUGGGCAACAUCGGAAUGACUUGAGGAUGGAACAACAUAUCCAGAUAGAUCUGAAGAAGAAAGCAAUCGAAAUUUCAAGAUGUGUUCGAAAUUUAUCUUUGCUAUGUUCAUCUUCUUCCUCGCAGCCCCCAUUUUUCCUUCCAACAGCAUCACUCUACGGCGGCGCUUUCUUGAACGCCGCCUCCAUCGCCCUGUCAAAGGAGAAAAACUUCACCAUCCUCCAGCUGCCUCCGUUCUUCCCGCUAUCCUCCGUCGCCGGGAUAUCAUUUUACGUUAGCCUGGUCCGGUUCGGCGACUUCACGGCUAGCUACACCGUGUAUUAA